GGGAUGUUUCGUUUAAUGCGGAUAUGACAUUCAGUCGUCGUUUGCUAGAUCUGGAGGUAGGCAGGAUAUGUCCCUGGUGGCUAGAAAGGAGGAUUGUAGAACCACCACAUUGAACUGAAUUCGUCAUAUUCACUCCCGUUGCAUUCAAAAUAUCUCACAUCAUAUGUCCACCUGUCUACGUAGUAACACUUCCUCACUCACCGUUGCUAUUCUCUUCUCUCUUCCAUCUUCCAAGAACCGUGUAAUAGCAACAACACAACUACUGCCAUAACCACUUCCACUUCCACUUCCACUUCCACUUCCACAACUACAAACAAAACAAAACAAAAACACAAUAAAAACAAAAUAGGUGCCACUUUAUAUGAUUGCAUCCAUUCAUCUUUCAAGACUUUCUUCUUCACACACCGCAAACAACAACUCAUCCAUUUCAACCAACCCCACCAAAAGCCAGCCAUCAAACUAAACAAGCGAGGUACAUCACCUACUACCUACCUUCACGUUACUCUACAGAAACAUAAACUGGAUCCAACCACCAUCAAAAUUUAUCACCAACUCAUCUCCUCAAUCCCUCGAUCAAUAUCGGGUGAUAUUCAAAUCAUCGCACGAAUUUAAAGAAAGAAUCUUCUCAUCAACAAAUUUCACCAUCUACAAGAUGUCGUGGCAGGCUUAUAUCGACACAAGUCUUUGCGGAAGCGGACAUGUUGAGAAGGGAGCUAUUUACAAUUUGGAGGGAACCUCUUGCUGGGCCACCAGUCCUGAUUUUGCGAUCACCCCUGAAGAAAUGGCUGAGGUCAAAAACGGACUUGAUGGUAAAACAGACAGUCUAUACGCAAAUGGUUUACAUAUUGCAAAGGAUAGAUAUGUUCUUACAAAGGUGGAGGAUGAUAAUAAGAUGCUCUAUGCUAGAAAGGGCAAAGAUGGUCUCGUCAUCGGUAAAACUGUCCAAGCAAUCAUCGUAGCCCGAUACGUCGACCCAAUGAUCGCCGGAAACACCGCCGAGACUGUUCAAAAAUUGGUCGAUUAUCUCGUUAAAGUUGGCUACUAAAUAUCCUCUGCUGUUAAAUAUUAAACAAUGGAUUUCUCAUCUGCCGAAUCUUUUCUGCGAUUUUUUUGAUCUUUCUUGAUCUCUUGCUAAGUUGGUGAUGAUGAUGAUGAUGAUGAUGACGAUGAUGAUGUUAUGAUGGAUGUUUGAGGAUGGAAUUGAGGGAGGUUUGCAUAUUGGAAGGUAGAUGAAUGAAGAACUAGUGGAUGGAAAUGAUAGGUGAUGAGUGGUGGAUGAUGUGUGGUGGGUGAAGGAGGAAUAUGGGAGGGAAGUAAAGAUACUAGAAUAGUAUCGAUUUUCUUUUCAUGAAUGGAAUAUAUGAAUGGUUAAUGAUGGAAAGAUUCAUAUGCAAUUUUGAAAUUAUUCUAAAAAACAAUUAUCAUAUUAUAUUCCUGUUUACCUAUUUGUGUA